CCUGACCCGGAAGCGGUAGCCGGGGAAGGGACUGGUCUGGAUGGAGUUGUGUUGUGUUGUGGUGUGAGACACAAAGAAUUUCAGAAAAACCAUGAGGCAGAUUGGCUUAAAUCUGUUUUCGGUGUCCAAAUAACCAGUCAUGCAGUGGACGAUUUGAGUUACAAACUGUGACAAGGCCAUUGUUUCAGAUGUAAAGCUACGCUGAGAAAAAACUAUCCUUGUGGCAAAGGCUUUCAUUUUUUAAGGAGCAAGAAUGUUUAGCAUGAUACAAACCUCCAAGACCGAGUUCCUGGACAUGGCCCGGACUGCUCGGGAGGAGAGAAAAGGGCAGAAGGAACGUGAGCGUGCAACGAUUGUGAUCCAAGCGCUGGUCAGGAGGUACCUCUGCAGGUGUCGGCUGCUGAGAACAAUCAGACAUGAAAUCGAUGAUUUUUUUGACGUCAGUGAAUCUAAUUCUUCAAAGAGAAGUGCGCUCGUUGUGUUCAAAAUCGCAAGGAAAUUGCUCUUUGUGUUUAAUGUCAAAGAAGAUAAAGAGAGACUUCAGAAGCUGUGCAACUGUGUCCUGAAUAGCAUGGAAGUGGAGAAUGAACCCAAGGUAUGGUAUGUCUCAAUAGCACUUUCCAAAGAUCUCACCCUGCUAUGGAUCAAACAAGUAAAAGACCUACUGUGGAUCUGCUGUGUAUUUUUAAAGCGGCUGAAGCCAGAUAUUCUGCAAGAUGCCAAGUUCAUCACCUUGUAUCUUACGGUGCUGAUCACACUCACCGAUGCUUCAAACUGGAAAAUUCUGAAGGGGAAAGGCGAAGCCCUGAGACCUGCCAUGAACCAUAUUUGUGCGAACAUCAUGGGACAUCUCAAUCAAAAGGGUUAUUACACAGUGCUACAGAUAUUGUUAACGAAUGGACUGGCAAGAUCCAAACCAUCUCUGUCCAAAGCCACAUUAACAGCCAUUUUCACUCUUGCGUUACGACCAAUGAUUGUUGCACACUUCUCAGAUAACCUGCUCCGUUCUUUCCUGCUGCACAUCAUGUCAGUCCCAGCACUGGUGACGCAUCUCUCCACUAUAGUACCCGAGUGCAUGUCGAUGGUCCAUUCCCACGAGCUGCUGCGAAAAUUCAUCCUGUUCUUAAGUCGAGACGAGCAGUGCGAUGAUAUCUGUGUCUGCUUGGAAGGAAGCCAUACACUUUGUUUGCUGGGCAACCUGAUUUAUUUGGCCUAUCUGUCUGAGAAGGUUUUGGAAGAGGAGACGAGUCAUUUUAUCAGCGUGCUGACUGCUAUGCUGUCGUAUUGCCAGAAAUAUGUAUCUCAAAAGAAGUCUAACCUGACACACUGGCACCCUGUACUGGGCUGGUUCUCACAGACUGUUGACUAUGGGAUGAAUGAAGCAAUGCCACUGGUCACCAGGCAGUUACAGUACCUGUGGAGCGAGCGAGUCAUUCGCCUGUUGUUCCAAUAUGUGCUCAGCAAAAAAUUACCCGAGCUUCAAGACAUGGUGCAUUCAUACGCUCAGUCCUCCAGCUCUUCAAAUAACAUUCAGGUCAAAAACCUCUUCAAACGAGCGUUUCAAAAGUCGGCGUCCAUGCGUAACAUUCUGAAGCCGGUUGGCGGGAAGCGAGUGGACUCCCCCGAGGUUCAGAAAGUCUGCAGUAUCUGCGUGUUGUAUCAGACGGCAUUGACUACACUCACCCAGAUUCGACUCCAGAUCCUCACCGGGUUAACCUAUUUAGACGACUUGUUGCCCAAGCUGUGGGCAUUCAUUUGUGAGUUGGGGCCCCAAGGGGGCUUGAAGCUAUUCCUUGAAUGCCUGAACAAUGACACUGAGGAAUCCAAGCGGCUUCUUGCAAUGCUGAUGUUGUUUUGUGACUGCUCUCGGCACCUUAUCACGAUUCUGGAUGAAAUCGAGGUGUAUGAAGAGCAAGUAUCAUUUAAGCUGGAAGAGCUGGUCACCAUCUCCUCCUUCCUAAAUAGCUUUGUAUUUAAAAUGAUCUGGGAUGGCAUUCAGGAAAGUGCGAAUGGGGAGCAACUGGAGCUGUUCCAUGCUGUUCACGGGUGGCUGAUGACUCUGUACGAGCGCGACUGCCGACGACGUUUUGCCCCCGACGAUCACUGGCUGCGCAAGGACUUGAAACCCAGCUUGAUAUUCCAGGAUUUGGAUAAAGGGAGGAAGCGAGCCCAGUUAUUAUUGCAGUACAUCCCUCAUACCAUCCCACACAAGAAUAGAGUGCUGUUGUUUCGGAAUAUGGUGACGAAGGAGAAGGGGACAUUGGGUUUGGUGGAGACGAGCUCUGCAUCCCCCCAUGUUAUCCAUGUUACCAUCCGCAGAUCCCGCAUGCUUGAGGAUGGAUAUGAACAAUUGCGCAGAUUGCCUGUUAACACGAUGAAGGGGGUCAUUCGAGUGAAAUUUAUGAAUGAUCUCGGAGUAGACGAGGCUGGCAUUGAUCAGGACGGUGUCUUCAAGGAAUUUUUAGAAGAAAUCAUCAAGAAGGUCUUUGACCCAGCUCUCAAUCUCUUCAAGACAACCAGUGGAGAUGAGCGACUGUACCCAUCCCCCACCUCGUACAUCCAUGAAAAUCAUCUGCAGCUCUUUGAAUUUGUCGGAAAGAUGCUAGGAAAAGCCGUCUAUGAGGGGAUAGUGGUGGAUGUUCCCUUUGCCUCCUUCUUCCUCAGUCAGGUGCUUGGACAUCAUCACAGUGCAUUGUACAGCUCAAUUGAUGAACUUCCAUCCCUGGACGCUGAGUUCUACAAAAACCUCACCUCCAUAAAGCGUUACGAUGGUGACAUUGGUGACCUUGGUUUGACAUUAUCUUAUGAUGAAGACGUUAUGGGUCAGCUUGUUUGCCAUGAGCUGAUACCAGGAGGAAAAACCAUAGGGGUAACCAAUGAAAAUAAAAUCAGUUACAUCCACCUGAUGGCCCACUUCCGCAUGCACACUCAGGUUAAAGACCAGACGGUGGCUUUCAUCCGCGGCUUCCGCUCCAUCAUUAACCCCGAGUGGCUCCGUAUGUUUUCCACGCCUGAAGUGCAGCGCCUCAUUGCAGGAGACAACGCCGAGAUCGACUUGGACGACCUCAAAAAGCACACGGUAUAUUACGGAGGCUUCCAUGGCAGUCACCGAGUCAUUGCCUGGCUCUGGGAUAUUUUAGCUCACGACUUCACAGCAGAAGAACGAGCCAUGUUUCUUAAGUUUGUCACCAGCUGCUCCCGACCGCCCCUCCUGGGCUUUGCUUACCUUAAACCCCCCUUCUCCAUUCGCUGUGUGGAGGUUUCAGACGAUCAGGACACGGGGGAUACGCUGGGUAGCGUACUGCGCGGUUUCUUCACCAUCCGCAAGAAGGAGCCGGGCGGCCGGCUGCCGACCUCCUCAACCUGCUUCAACCUCCUGAAGCUUCCUAACUACAGCAAGAAGAGCAUCUUGAGAGAGAAACUCCGCUAUGCAAUCAGUAUGAACACCGGAUUUGAACUCUCCUAACCCUGGUUGAAAAAGGACACGGUGGCUCGUACACCUUUUAUAUACAGUACUGGACCCUCCUGAACUUUGAGCAAGCACUCUUCACUGUACAUCUCACUCCAUUGACAACAGAAUUCUGGCUGUCUGGAAUCCAGUUUUAUUCAUCCCAGUGACUGAGACAAAUUUAAAAUGGAGCACAAAGAUGCAUCCAAGAUGAGACUACUCGGUAUCCUUACAGAAACGUUUCACAAUAUCAAACGUGGUUUAAAACAAAAUGACUUCAGCUCUUCUUGAAGGCUGUAACGGUGCUCAUCUGAAACCUGAGAAUGGUGCAGGAUUAUUUGUGUGAUUUAGAAAGUUUAGCAAAAUUAAUUCCAUCUUUUAUUUUUUGUUAGCAUUGAGGAAACAAUCACUGCACUCAACCUGAAUUAACGGGCUUAUGUGGACACAAGGAACUGCAGAUGCUGGUUUACAAAAAUAAAAAGUGCUGCAGUAGCUCGGCAGAUCAGGCAGCAUCUCCAGAGAACAUGGAGGUGUGACGUUUCGGGUUGAGACCCUGAAGGAUCACGACCUGAAACAUCACCUCUCCAUGUUCUUCAGAGAUGCUUAGUUACUCUAGUACUUUGUGUCUUUUUUUUAAGCAGGCUUAUCAUUGGUUGCAUUUAUAAAAUGAACGAUGAAUCAACGCACAAAUUUAAUGAACAAAAACCUCUGUUCCUGCAAGGCCACCUUGCUGAUAGGAAGCUGCUGUGUAUGCCAAAAGUCAUUGAAAAGACUACACUGCAAAUUUUAACACCGACUCCUAUUUUAGCAAUGGGUUCCAGCAAAAACACCAUCCUAUCAACUUUAUUUCCCCUUCAUUUUACCAAGUGAAACCCGGAAAAUUGUGGAAUUCUACAACCUCGUGAUGUAGUAGCCAUUACAUCAUGUAUUUUAGAAUGGAUCUGGUUUAACUCCAGAUUCAUCUCAAACAGACCGCAUCCAUUUAAAAAAAAAGUUUUAGUAAUUAGUCUAUUCAUUGUAAAAAUAACCUUUUUAAAUGGGCUUUGCAGAUAACGACAACUGCAGGGUCCAGCUUAUUUCGGGCAAUACGAUCUCUGUGUAAUAUUAAUUAUUUUGAAUAGCAAGGUAGAAAAGGUUACUAUAUAAUACUCAAGUAAUUUAUGACUAGCCAAUGUGAAUUUCUCAGGCAUUAAUGUAUAUUUUAAGCUGGUUUAUCCAUUAAUAAAGUUCCCCACUUAUUUUUAA